ACCGUACCGCGACAGAAAUAGUUGAAUCCUUUUGAUUGUCUUUUCUGCGCCAGAGCCCGAUCGCUCCAGGAAAUAGCAUGCGAGAUCUCUUCGUAUCGUUUUUGCUGGUUGUCUCGGUGAACAUAGCCGAUGCCGCCCAAGAAGAAAGUUGACGGUGCUGAGGCAGCACCUCAGCAAGCCACUAGAAAAUCUAUUGCGCCGAAGGUGAAAACCCUUCCGCGCAAGUCCGUCACAAAAGAAACCGCCGCCGAUGCGACUACAACCCACGAGGCACAUGGUAGUAAAGAUGAUUCGAAGCACGAAAAACACCCUCGAAAACCCUCCCAUCACGCAGACAGCUUCGACGCUGCCCUCCAACCCUUUUACUAUGGCAAAUCCCUAACCGAUCCGAUCGACACGGCUCGUGACAAGUGGAAUUUGGUCCCGGCAUUCUUGAAAGUGAAGGGACUGGUGAAACAGCACAUCGAGUCGUUCAAUCAUUUCGUUGAGGUGGAAUUGAAGAAGAUUAUUGAAGCUGAGCCGAUAAUUACAAGUGAUAUUGACCCUGAUUUCUACCUCAAGUACGAGGACAUCUAUGUCGGGCGACCUUCAAGAUUUGAUGAACACUAUGUCAACGAUUCAAAGAACGAAUCCACUGUCACACCCAACGAGUGUCGGCUACGUGACAUGACCUAUUCUGCGCCGAUAUUUGUCAAUGUCCGGUACACCAAGUCGAAGAUGGCUUAUCGGCGGAGGGGUAUGCUUAUUGGACGCAUGCCAAUCAUGUUGCGGAGUUCCAAAUGUGUCCUGGCUGGCAAGUCCGAGGCCGAGAUGUGUGCGAUGGACGAAUGUCCUUUGGACCCUGGUGGCUAUUUUAUCGUUAAUGGUACCGAGAAGGUGAUCUUGGUCCAAGAGCAACUCAGCAAAAAUCGUAUCAUCGUCGAAGCCGAUGCCAAGAAGGAGCUCAUCACGGCGUCCGUGACCAGUUCGACCCAUGCCAGGAAAUCCAAGAGCUAUAUCGUCCUUAAGAAGGACCUGCUGUAUAUGCGACACAACGUUCUGAACGAAGAUGUUCCUAUCUGCAUAUUGCUAAAAGCAAUGGGCGUGACUUCUGACUUCGAUAUGAGUGCUAUUGUGGCGGGCACAGACUCUGUGUUGCAGGAAGAUUUUGCUAUCAACUUUGAAGAAGCCAUCAAGAAUCACAUUUAUACGCAACAACAAGCCCUGGAUUAUCUCGGGGCCAGGAUCAAGAUCACCCGGAAGCCUACACCGUUCGGACAAUCUCGUCGAAACUAUGUCCAGGAAGCAAUAGAGGCAGUUAGCAAUGUGUUUAUUGCUCACGUCCCCAUCGAGAACCUGAAUUUCAGACCGAAGGCAAUCUAUGUCGGCCACAUGGCCCGGCGGGUGCUGAUGGCGAAACAGAAUCCUGCACUUGUAGACGACAGAGACUAUGUGGGAAACAAACGGUUGGAAUUGGCUGGCCAACUGCUGUCACUGCUCUUCGAAGACCUGUUCAAGAAUUUCAACUACAGCAUCAAAAUGGCAAUCGACAAAUCAUUACGAAAGCCCAACAAGACCCAGGUCACUGAUCCCUGCGACACAAUGAUGGGACAAGCUGGUCACAUUACCCAGGGAAUGAAUCGAGCCAUUGCCACCGGAAAUUGGAACCUCAAACGUUUUCGAAUGGAUCGUGCUGGAGUCACACAUUUACUGAGCCGGCUGAGCUUUAUUGCUUCUCUCGGUAUGAUGACAAGAAUAUCGAGUCAAUUCGAAAAGACACGAAAAGUCAGUGGACCGAGAGCCCUCCAACCGUCAUCAUUUGGUAUGCUCUGUCCCGCCGACACACCAGAAGGUGAAGCAUGCGGGUUGGUCAAGAACUUGGCUCUCAUGACUCACAUCACUACGGACGACGAGGAGGCGCCUAUCAAACGGCUUAUAUUCAUGCUCGGUGCUGAAGAUAUUGUGACUGUGGGAGGCGCCGAGCUUUAUUCACCGGGAUCUUACCUGGUCCUUUUGAAUGGUACUCCAGUAGCCACCACAAGACAUCCAUCACAUUUCUUGACUUCAUUUCGACGGCUGAGGAGGUCGGGGCGUAUCUCAGAAUUCGUAUCAACCUUCAUCAAUCACCACCACAGCACCAUCCACGUGGCUACGGAUGAAGGACGGAUUUGUCGACCUCUCAUUAUUGUGGAAGACAAAAAGUCCAAAGUCACAAAACGGUAUUUGAAGUCUCUGCGCCAAGCAUCGAUGGACUUUGACGACUUUCUGGCCAGAGGACUGGUGGAGUAUCUCGAUGUCAACGAGGAGAAUGACAGUAACAUCGCCCUUUAUGAGGGCGACAUCAAUGCUUCGACAACGCACCUGGAGAUCGAACCUUUCACAAUUCUUGGUGCUGUAGCUGGAUUGAUCCCGUAUCCCCACCACAAUCAGUCACCCAGAAACACAUACCAAUGUGCUAUGGGUAAACAAGCCAUUGGAUUUAUUGCCAACAAUCAAUUCCUCAGAAUCGAUACCUUGCUCUAUCUCAUGGUGUAUCCUCAGAAGCCACUGGUCAAAACUCGGACUAUCGAGCUGGUAAAAUACGACAAACUUCCAGCUGGACAAAACGCAACUGUCGCAGUCAUGUCCUAUAGUGGAUACGAUAUCGAAGAUGCCCUUGUCCUGAACAAGGCAUCAGUAGAUCGAGGCUUCGGACGAUGUCAGGUUCUGCGUAAAUAUCCCGUAACCCUCAAAAUUUACGCAAACACGACUAAAGAUCAAGUUGAAGGCCCUACUUGUGAAAAUGGCGCUCCUAUCAAAGCCCACGCCCUGCUUGAUGUGGAUGGCAUCGCUUCUGUUGGUGCCAAAGUCAGUCAGGGUGAAGUCUACGUCAACAAGGCUAUCCCUGAAAAUUCAAACUCAUCUGGACUAUCGGAUGGAGGAUCUAACAGUGGGUACAGUCUAAUUCCUCAACCACAGAAAUAUCGGCUUCCAGAUCCCAGCUACAUCGACAAGGUCAUGGUCUCCGAGGUUGAAGCGGGCCAUCAACUCAUCAAGGUGCAAACCCGACAGACCAGAGUGCCAGAGGUCGGUGACAAGUUUUCUUCUAGGCACGGACAGAAGGGUGUCGUUGGCAUCAUCGCCGAACAGGUCGACAUGCCCUUUUCAGACCUCGGCAUCACCCCGGACAUCAUCAUGAAUCCGCAUGGUUUCCCAUCCCGUAUGACGGUCGGUAAGAUGCUUGAGCUCGUCUCGGGCAAAGCUGGUAUCUUGAAGGGCAAAUUCGAGUACGGGACUGCCUUUGGUGGCAGCAAGCUCGAGGACAUGUCACGGGCACUGAUCGAGUCGGGUUACAGUUACGACGGCAAGGACUACCUCACGUCUGGCACCACCGGCGAGCCCCUGCCGGCAUACGUCUUUACGGGACCGAUCUACUACCAGAAACUCAAGCACAUGGUCCAAGACAAGAUGCACAGUCGCGCUCGCGGUCCGCGAGCCAUCUUGACGAGACAGCCCACCGAGGGUCGAUCCAGAGACGGCGGUCUCCGUCUGGGAGAAAUGGAACGUGACUGUCUGAUCGCGUACGGUGCGUCACAACUUCUUCGUGAGCGGUUGAUGUUAUCCAGCGACAAGCACGAAGUCGACGUGUGCGAGUCGUGUGGGUUCAUGGCAUUUGGGCGGUAUUGCCAACGUUGUAGUACGGCGGGUGAGAGCGGGUCGAACGUCGUUCGGAUGACGCUGCCUUACGCUUUCAAGCUCUUGCUCAACGAACUGGGAAGCAUGAACGUGAAUACUAGGUUGAUCGUGUCGGAUGAGUUCCCCUCGGACGGGUCAAGAAGGGCUUGAGAACCUUUCUUUUGUUUUUCCUUGUCCAUGACUCCCUCCCUCUAUCUGCAGGGUGAACAGGUUGAAAAACCUCGGACAUGAGUGAUGAUUUAUUUGUUUUUUCUUUGGCUUGGAAUCAGCAUGGCACGGCAUAGCGAACAGGAACUAAGUCCGGGAUGUGUGAACUACGGGAAGGACAAGAGUGUAAAGAAGACUUGGCCAUUUUUUUUCCUGUCUACCACGAAACGGAUGCAUGAGCGAACGGCGUAUUCUUUACUUUUUACUUUUCGAAAUCGUCUUUUGUACUUGCAAAGAGUCACGACCUAUGAGUGGAUUAGAUGAUGAAUGGUCUAUAUCACGAUGGCUUCACA